AUGUCCUCGAUUAUUGAAAAUAUCAACGCAUCGCUCCAAAUGGUUGAGCAUUUUUACAAACACUAUAAUCCGAGUGAUGCAGACAAAAUUCUAAAGUUUAUCAAUAUUAUCAACAUUAAUAUCAAGCAUAUCAAACUUGCGUUAGGAGGUGCAAUAUCGAUUGGAGAUAAACGACAUCUUGCGGCGGUAGCUGGUAAAAUGGAGCGCUACAAGUUGCUGAUCAGUGAAAUGGGUAAACCUAUAACCGGCACAUCGCUUGAGGAAGAAAAGAAAAAUGUAGAGUGGAGGGAUUUGACUACAGCCUUCAAGUCGAGGGUGAGCACCGGCAUUAUUAUCAAUUUAGGACAUAAAACGCUAGGCACAUUUUUCCAUGAUUGUUUUCAAAUAUUUUCAAAGAAAAUCAAGGAUAUAUUUAGUCAAUACAACCAUCCGCUAAAAUUAAAUUUUGAGUUUUGUGCCGAAUUUGUUAAACCUGUCCCAAACAACGACCAAGAUUUAGUAUCUAGAGAAUUUACUUUCUUAACCAAAAAUUUUACUAUUUUAAGUUGUAAUUUAGAAGAACAAAACUUAAAGCAACUGUUUAAUUGUAACGUCGUAGAUUAUUUAAUGCGGCGUCUGCUUGAUUUUGAAGAACAGGAAAGUGGUUGGGCCUUAUCUAAGAUUAUUUCGUUAAGUGUGAAUGCCAAUAGUGCGACUCUAAUAAGAGCGUCAUCCUACAUCGAGUUGCCUAAUGAAAUCAAGUCGAAGCAGGCGGUCAUCAACGUUAAAAACAACGAUGAGGCUUGUUUCGGAUGGGCCCUAUCUUCAGCGCUUUUCCCCUUGUCAAAACAUUCCGAUCGUGUUUCCUCAUAUCCCUAUUAUGCUCAAAUCUUAAAUUUCGAAAACAUCACUUUUCCAAUGACCCUUGAACAAAUUCCUAAAUUUGAAAAACAAAAUCCCAACUUAUCUCUUAACAUUUAUGGUCUCAUCCGAAAAUCUGUUUCGAAUUACAUCACGGCUCCUUUGUAUUUAACCUCUGAUAAAAAAGAACGUCAUGUAAAUUUGCUAAUGAUACAAGACGAUUACGAAAUCGAAGGUAACGUUGAUCGUAUCGUUGAUGAUCAUCGCUAUGAUGUGGCUGUAAAAUUUCACUUUUGCUGGAUAAAAGAUUUAUCCAGAUUGGCGCAUUCACAAUUAACGAAGAAUCACAAAAAACUAUUCAUAUGUGAUAGGUGCCUCCACUAUUUUAAUUCUGAAACCAAAUUGAGCAAACAUGAAAUAGAUUGUAAGCAGAUGAAUAAAUGUAGAUUAAAUACACCAAAGCCCGGCACAACGGUUAAUUUUAAAGACUAUCAAUUUAAACAGACCGCUCCUUUCAUCAUGUAUUGCGACUUGGAAUGUUUAGUUCAAGAAUAUCAGGAAGAUGAGACGCGCAACACGGUUAAAUAUAAAGAGCAUAAUGUGUGCAGCAUUGCAUAUUAUCUUCAUUGUACAUUUGACAAUUCUUUAUCAAAACUUCAAAUAAAGAGAGGUGAGGACUGUAUUAAUUGGUUUACAAGCGAAUUAGUCAAAAUUGCAGGCAACUUACAACAAUAUUUUGAUACUCCAAUGCCAAUGAAACCCUUAACCGAUAUAGAAAUGCUGGCAUAUAAUGCAGCUACUCAUUGUCAUAUUUGCGAAAGCCCAAUAUUGGAGGGGGAGGUCAAGGUCAGGGAUCACUCUCACUUCGGGACCGGAAAUUGGAGGGGGGCGGCCCACCAGAAGUGUAAUCUUCAAUAUAAGGCCCCCCACAUGAUUCCAAUAUUCUUUCAUAAUUUCAGCGGAUAUGAUAGCCAUUUUAUUAUAAAAAAUAUCGCUCAAGCUAUUCCAGGCAGAGUUACGCUACUUCCUAAAAAUAAAGAACGUUACAUAUCGUUUACCAAAUAUAUGAAAGACACGGACAUACAAUUCAGAUUUGUAGAUUCAUAUCGUUUUAUGAACGAAUCAUUAGACAAGUUAUCUUCAUAUUUGAAAUUUGACGAUUUUAAAAUUUUACGCAGCACGUUAAACCAUUUAAGCGAGGAGCAAUUAAAGUUGCUUAUCAGAAAAGGCGUUUAUCCAUAUGAAUAUAUGAAUGAGUGGGCGAAAUUCGAAGAAACAUCACUUCCAGCAAAAGAGAAAUUUUAUAGCAAGUUAUCUCAAACGGACAUUCCUGAAUCAGAAUACAUGCAUGCGCAAAACGUUUGGCGGAAAUUCAACAUUCAAAAUUUAGGUCAAUACAGCGAUCUUUAUUUGAUAACGGAUGUGCUUUUGCUAAGCGAUGUAUUUACGAAUUUUCGCGAAAAAUGCAUUACAACGCAUAAGCUAGAACCUGCAUUCUUUUUUACUGCUCCGGGGUAUACAUGGCAAUGCAUGCUUUACUAUACAAAAGUGAAAUUAGACCUUUUGUCUGAUAUAGAUAUGAUACUAUUCAUGGAAAAGGGUAUAAGAGGUGGGAUAACGCAGUGUUGUACGAAAUAUAGUAAAGCAAACAAUAAAUAUAUGGAAAAUUAUGAUGCGAGGAAACCUUCAUCUCACAUCCUUUACACGGAUAUGGUGAAUUUGUAUGGUUGGGCUCAAAGCCAAUGUCUACCCCAAAAUAAUUUUAAAUGGCUUAGCGAAUCAAAAAUAAAAUCAUUAACAACCGAAACCUUAAUGAAACUACCUGAUGACGCAAAUGAAGGUCUAAUAUUAGAGGUAGAUUUAACAUAUCCGCAGCAUUUGCAUAAUCGACAUAAGUACAUACCAUUUUGCGUUGAACAUAGUAAACCUCCUGGUGGUAAACAUGUGAAACUGCUCGCAACCUUAACAUCUAAAUCCAAAUACGUGAUUCACUAUCGUAAUUUAAAACAGUGUCUGCAAGCAGGACUUGUGCUUGAAAAAAUCCAUCGCGCGAUAAGCUUCAACCAGUCUCGUUGGCUUAAACCGUAUAUAGAUUUGAAUACAAGGUUGCGAGCACGAGCUAGUAAUCCGUUUGAAAAAAAUUUAUAUAAAUUGCUAAACAAUGCUAAUUUCGGAAAGACGAUGGAGAACGUGAGAAACCAUCGAAAUAUAAAACUCGUUACUCGUUGGAAUGGCAGAUAUGGAGCCAAUUAUUACCUUUCCCAGCCUAAUUUUUGCAGUAGGGAAAUUUUUGAUGAAGAAUUGAUGGCUAUCGAGCUAUCUAAGGUGGAAAUUAUGAUGAAUAAACCACUCUAUGUGGGAAUGGCUAUUCUCGAUAUUUCUAAAACCUUAAUGUAUGAUUUUCACUAUAAUUUUAUGCAGCGGCAAUUUGAUGAUGAUUGCAUGAAACUCUUGUACAUGGAUACCGAUAGCCUCGUAUAUGAGUUAAUGUGUGAUGACGUGUAUGAUCUGAUUCGAAACAAUAUCGAGCGAUUUGACACGUCUGAUUUUGUUGAAAACAAUGAAUUUAACAUCCCCAGAUGUAAUGCUAAGGUGAUCGGUUUAAUGAAAGAUGAAAUGAGCGGUAAAGUGAUAACCGAGUGGGUGGCCUUGGCAUCAAAAAUGUAUAGCUUUAGGACUAGGGAUUGUGAUGUUAAGAAAUUGAAAGGUGUAAAGACUAAUAUUGUAAAGAAUAGAAUAACUUUUAAUGAUUAUUUAAAGUGUUUAAAGAACCAGGACGUUAAAAUCGUUUCCCAAAGCAGCAUAAUUUCAAAAAACCAUAAAGUGUAUAGCGUAGAGCAAACUAAAAUUGCUUUAUACAAUAACGAUGAUAAGAGAUAUACACUACCUAAUCAGAUCGAUACGCUGCCUUGGGGACAUUUUAACAUUCCCAUUCAAAUGGAAUUAGAAUAA